UCCCCAUGUACAAAGUGGUGUCGUCUUUUGGUGGCCGGUCGAGUGCGUGUUGCCGACAGUUGUGUGAUCGCCCCGAUUGGGUAGGGUUUGUGCCCGAUUGACGGUAUCACUUGCGCACGAAUUGCUCGGAGAAAUCCCUCUCUGAGAUCCCUCAUUGGUGAGAUGGAAUGCUUGGUUGCAGCUUCCUCUCGUGUUCGUUCGACAACGCUGGAUAUCCACGGGCAUAAGCUCCGACUGAGCCAUGGAAUUAUCCCUUUCCGUCUUCUUGCUCAGUUCCGUCCGAGCGCAUCUCCUUCCCGGCGGAAGCUGCACGGGACCCCCCGCUACCCACGCCGCGCCAAGCUGCCGCCUGACCCAGGAACCUCCCGGUUGCCAUCCGAGAUGGUCGAUGGCGGUGCUCGGCCACUCGACGACGUUCGGGAUGGGGACGAGAAACACACGGCAGAAUUGUCCGUGGACAAUGCGGAGUGGAGCCCCGAAGAGCUUGAGGCAAUCUCCGCCCUCUUCGAACGGCCGAUGCUGCAGAAGGCCCCGAAGCCCGUGAAAGAGCGGCCGCUGCCGCUCCCCCCGCCUUACGAGAUCCGUCCCUCGAGGGUUCCAACGCUAAAGCGUCACGUCCGGUCAGCCUCCCGCUCCGUGCUGGCGCCGCGGUCAUCUUUCGCCGAUCGGGUGCACAAGAAUCCGGAAGCUCUCAUCGGCAUCGCUAGGGAGAUCGCGGCUCUUCCCGCCGACAGCGACGCCUGCGAGGUGCUCGACCGGUGGACUAGGUUCCUUCGGAAGGGCUCUCUUUCGAUGACGAUUCGAGAACUGGGUCACAUGGGCCUCCCCGAGCGAGCCCUGCAGACCCUGUGCUGGGCGCAGAAGCAGCCUUCGCUGUUCCCCGACGAUCGAACCCUUGCUUCGACGGUCGAAGUCUUGGCCAGAUGCGGCCAGCUGCGAAUGGAGUCGGAGAUGGGCAAAUAUCUCAACUCCGCCAGUCGCACCGUGAUCGAAGCCAUGGCCAGGGGUUUCCUGAGAGCGGGACGCCUGCACCGCGCGCGCAAGAUCCUGCUAUUCGCCAAGGACAACAAACGAACACUCGACCCGAGCAUCUACGCGAAGCUGAUCGCGGAGGCUGGCAAGACUCCGGAUGGCUACAGGCUCGCGUCGGCAGUGCUGGACGAGCUCGGCGAGAGAGACGACUUUGAUCUGGAGCCGCAGGACUGCACAGCCAUAAUGAAGGUCUGCAUCAAGCUUGGGAGGUUCGAAGCCGUGGAGAAUCUGUUCAGCUGGUACAAGCAGAGCGGAAGGAAUCCCACUGUGGUGAUGUACACGACGGUCAUACACAGCAGAUACUGUGAGAAGAAGCACCGGGAAGCUCUGGCUUUGGUGUGGGAGAUGGAGAGCUCAGGCUGCCUCCUGGAUCUCCCAGCUUACAGGGUAAUGAUCCGGCUACUGGUUGCUAUGAAUGAUCUAGCGAGAACCGCUCGGUACUUUUCAAAGUUGAAGGAUGCUGGCUUCUCUCCCACCUGCGACAUCUACCAUGACAUGAUCAAGGUUUAUGCAGCUUCAGGGAGGUUGGCUAAGUGCAGGCAGGUGCGUAAAGAAGCAGAGAUGACUGGAUUGAGGUUGGAUGAGAGGACAUUGUCUCUGCUUUCGGAGAUGGAAUCAGAUGCUUCUGCAUGAGAUUGAGACAGAUCUACAGGCUGUGCAUUUGCAUCCUCUAUUUUCAACGAAGAAAAAAAUUCCAUCAAUGAAGACUCAAUGUUGUGAAGCUGUGGAUCCGUAAAUAGAAGUCCCUUGUGGAAGAUAGUAGAAGAGAUCACUGCAGAUAGUCAAACCUACACUUAACAGCUAGUAUGUUGAUAUGUCUUGGGAUCCUUAAUCCUUUUGUCUUAGUUUGAGAGUUUGAAGGCUCACAAUGAUAUCUUGUGCAUCUAUUAUCCUUUCAUCUUUGUGAUGAUCCACUUCUUUAGGUGGUAUCUGAUGUAAAACAGGAAAAAAAACAGAAAUCAACAUCUAUUAUUUUUCCCAAUUUGUAAGCAUGAAAUUGCUUGGAAGAGAUUGCUACAGGGAUGAUUUAAAUUAGACACUCAUGGAUUAUAAAGUAUGAUGUUAUUAAGUUAUGCAGCUCUUUUACA